AUGACUCGAAAACUCUCAGGGCUUACCCCUCUCGAAAUCAAGGGGAAUGACACAAAGCCAACUUUGAUCGCCGCGUCCCCCGUAAUUUCCAUUCGACAAGCUUUGAAAACAAUGAGCAUACACAAUAUCACUUCUUUGCCCAUCUAUUCUCACGAUUCCAAAAACAUAGUGAAUAUCGUAAACUUUGUUGAUGUGCUUUAUUAUGUUACGGAAAAAGUGGUAGCUGGUGAAAAUUUACCCAACCAUUUGAAAGAUAGCAAAUUAGAUGAUCACAUUGAAGCUGUUAUGACUUUGGAUACUGAAAGGGAAAGCUACAGGAUUCUUAAGACUGAUGCGAAUGAUAAUAUUAAAUCCCUUCUCGAGGCUUUUUCUAGAGGAAUUCAUCGUUCUUUGGUGAUUGAUUACACUAAUAAAACCGAACCAUACAUCUUGACACAAACCGAUAUCAUUAGAUACGUUUAUGCUCACCCGGAAAGUUUGCCUUCGAUUGAUUUUGAUUCUUCGUUGAAAUCUCUUGGUCUUGCUGAGAAAAAACAUGAGGUUGUUGUUGGCUAUGAUAAUGAAAUUGCUUUAAACCUAUAUAGAAGAAUGAGUGAAAAGAACUUAACAGGAAUUCCAAUUAUUAAUAGUGAGGAAAAAUUGAUUGGAAAUUUAUCAGUAUCGGAUCUCCGAGGGUUAAGUUAUGAAUCAAUUGAAAAUCUCGCUUUACCAGUUCUCAAAUUUCUAGAAACUCUAUCAAAUAGUGAGACCAGUCUAAACGCAAUUUCAGUAUCUGAGCACGCCUCUCUGCGUGAAGUCUUAAGAUUGAUUGUAACGAAUCGUAUUCAUCGUGUAUGGAUUGUCAGCGAAGAUUGCAAAGUUCGAGGCAUUGUUUCUCUCACAGAUUUAAUUCAACUAUUCUCAUAG